ACACCGAAAACAGAGAGGAGACUGUCACAGACCGCCACAGAAUGGAGAUCAGUGUCACAUCCAAAACAAGCAGGAUGGCUAUUUUCACAAGAGCUUCUCCGCAGCAACAGAGAUUCGAUCAACCUAUUUCUGAGUGUGGACAUCAGACAAGACAAGGAGGAACAAGAUCGAACUUUAGUAAAGUUCUACAAGAGAGACAACGUUCGGUGGACGUCGCCACUUCGAUGCAAACUUUUAGGUGACAUUGCAACAGGAAGUGGAGUCGACCGUCACAUGAUGUCAACAGUGAUUUUCAAGCUAAUGAGUGGAUUUCAUAUAAACUUAGGAAAUGUAGCCAUCACCAAAAUCUUCGAAGGUGAGCCUGAUCACCUCAUCCCCUCAGAUUCAGAUGAACUGCUUGACAAUAACAUGUUCACAGUCGCCGGUCGAAUGAUAGGCCAUUCCUUCUUACACUGUGGCCCGAGUUUCCCGGGACUUAGCCCUGCCAUUAUUCACAUUCUCUUUGGAGGUUCAUUAGAAACAACACCUGUGACGAUACAAGACUGCCCUGACCUCGACAUCCGAGACACUGUGAAAAUGCUUGAUGGAGACGCUGAAUUAAAUGAAUUUGACGCCAUCCAUCAGCUCUGCCUGUCAUGGGAACUGCCAUCACCAAAUGCCACCAACAGGAAAUGGCUGUCGAAAAAGCUUCUCCUGCAUGCUGUUAUUGAGCGAACAAGGCCUCAAAUCAAUCAGUUCCGAAAAGGCUUAACAGAGACAGGACUCUGGCCACUUCUCAUUCACAGAAGAGAUGUAAUCCCAAUCCUGUUUCCAAGGGAAUCAGAGGCACAGCUCACACCUCAGAUGGUCUUGGAUUGCAUCAUAUGGCCAACUUCUGUAACUGUCUUCUUUGAGAGCUACCAAGACGAAGACGUUGGCGCGUCCGAUGACAUGGAUGUAUGUCGAGUAUCUGGCUACUUGAAAACAUUUAUUGAAAAUGCGUCUCCAGCUGAGCUAAAGAGCCUCAUAAAGUUCUGGAUAGGAUGGGAGGUGCCGACCACAGAGAUGAAGGUGGAAAUAGCUGAGGCCACACUUCCCACAGCUUCAACAUGUUUUGAGAAACUGAGACUGCCAAGGCAUUAUACAACGUACAAAGCAUUUCAGCAGGAUCUUUGCGCGUGCAUAUCAACCAGUUACAGUGGUUUUGGCUGUGUCUAAAUUGGAAUACGUGUGUGGAUUGAGUGUGUAAAACUUGACAAUGUUCUUGUUACAGUGUGUAUAAUA